AUGGCAUCACCACCACCACCCGCGAAACCGUCGCGGCCCGUCACGCUCAAGCUGCGGAUGCCCAGCGCAGCCUCUCCCAUCGCGGCCAACCCGAUCGUCGCGACGCCCUCGGCCAUGUCACCGCCACCAGCGACGCCUGGUGGCGGUGGCAUGCGGAUUGUGCUGAAGCGCUCACAACCACCGACCCCGGCUGUCCACACCGACGGGGCGCCCCCCUCGACCGGCGCCCCUCUUGCAGCUACGGCCACGCCGACCACAUCCACAACCACCCCGGGCAUCGCCGUCCCCCCGACGCCCAGCACAGCCGCGACGCCCACGACGCCCGCGACAGUGACGACGCAAAAAGGCCGCAUCUCGAAGCCGUCGGCGAAGAAGCGCGCACACGACUUUGACGAGAGCGACGACGAGGGCCGGCCGGUGGCGGCGGCGGCCAAACCGGCGCGCCGGGCGUUGCCGAACGGCAGCAGCAGCAGCCAGAGUGGCGGGGCGCACGCGCACCCGCCGAAGCGGCCCAAGCUGAUUCUGAAAAAGUCGACGCUGUCGCGCACGGCGAGCAUCGUGCUCAAGCCGGCGGCCAAGGAGGCGCCGCCGCACAGCAAAGGCGAGGGCUACGACUCGGAGGAGGAGGACCGCGAGAUGGACCCGCUGAUUGAGGAGGCGUUUGUGCUGCGCAUGCUCCCCGGCGAGCAGUGCGACUACCUGCGGCGCAUGGUGGAGGAGCGCAAGAUUGGCGUGCCGGCCAAGGACGGCGGCGCCGAGUUCGACAUGAAGUGGCUGCCGGGGGCGGAGCGGCGGGCGCUCGUGACGGUGCAGCGCAGGCACUUUGUGGGCGUGCUGGUGGACCUACCGACCAUUACGGAGGGCAUGAAGACGUGGGACAAGCGCAACUUUAUGAAGAGCGCCGACAUCUGCCAGAUGCUGCUGGUGUAUGCGCCUGUGGCGGGCGAGGCGGAGGCUAAGAGCGCACCGCUGCCGGCCAUGGUCGGCAAAGACUACCGCUGGCCGCACGGCCUGACGCCGCCGAUGCACGACUGCAUCCACCGGCGCUUCCGGAAGCGCCUGUCCAAAAAGGAAAUCAAGGACAAGGAGGCCGAGCUGCAGCGGCUGCUGAACGAGGACCGCCUGGCCGCCGAGACCAAGUGGGAGCUCUUUGACGACGGGCGGACGGCCGACGAGGACGAGGACGGAGACGAGGAGGAGGACGCCGAGAUGGAGAUGGGCGAGGAGGAUGCCGAAGGCGAGGACGACGCGUACGGCGAGGUCGACGAGGACUACUUUGGCAGGCAGCAGCAAGGGCACGGCGGCCCGCACGGCGAGGCGGACGCCGACGGCGAGAUUGACGAGGCCGAGCUCAUGGCCGAGUUUAUGGAGGAGGACGAUGACGACAAGACGGCCGGCGCGGGUGUUGGCGCGGGCGCCGCGGAUGGCAGUGCAGCAGGACAACCACAACAUGCGGUUGUGGCCGCCGCGGCAGCCCAAGGCGACGCGCCCACGCCAGCGUCGGAAGGCGAGGCUGGCGGUGACGGAGACGCAGACGGAGACGACGACGAUGAGGACGACGACGACGACGACGACCUCGACGAGGACGAGCAGGCACGGGCCGAGCAGGCCAAGGGCGUGCGCGAGGACAUCAACGACCUCAAGAAGAGCCUGGCCACGCUCGAGGCACAGCUGGCGGCCACGACCAACGCGCUGCUGCGGAAGCGCAUCGAGGGGACGCGCAAGCGUGUCUUGUCGGAGCUGCGGCUCAAGCAGGCGUCCAUUGGCGAGAUUGACGAGGAAGAGUAG